UGAAUAAGAGCUCAGUGCUCCUGUGUGGGAGGUCGUGCUUAAUUCUCAGGAUUUGGAAUCGUUUUUUCUCGAAAGCUUCUCCCUUUUUUCCAACAUUCUACCGGCUCUUCUUGUGAUGGAACGUCCUGAAAAAACAACCCGAGUGAGACAUCUUUUGUUAUUAAGCGAGCUUUCCCUUCCAGCAAUGAAAGCGCUGCUGUGUUGUUUACUGACAGCAGGACUGGUCGCAGGUUACCGCAGUCCCCUCAAUGAUUUCCAGCGUUCGGAGGGCAGAGAGCUGGUUCCUACCCCCUGGAACUCUGCCCGGGUUCUGAUGGUAUUGGUCCUAAACCUGGAGGAGUGCGCCGCUCGCUGCUCGCUCUCACUGGACUGCAGAGCGUUCAACUACGAGACGCGUCCGACGCCCACCUGCAGACAUCUGCCCUGGGUGGGCGAUGGCAGCAACGCGGAGGUGAAGCGUAACGUGAACUGCGACCUUUACGAGAAGAAGGUCUACGUGAGGAAGUGCAUCGUGGGUAAAGGCGAGGACUACAGAGGGAAGGUGUUCACCACAAGGAGCGGCCUCACCUGUCAGCAAUGGUGGUCCAAGUUUCCGCACGAUCACAGGUGGACUCCCUCGCCGACGAACGGCCUGGAGCUGAACUACUGCAGGAAUCCAGAUGGCGACCGUAUCGGGCCGUGGUGCUACACCACCGACCCCGAGCGUCGCUACGAGAGCUGCAGCAUCCCUCAGUGCAAAGAUGAGGUGUGCAUCACGUGUAACGGCGAGGCCUACAGAGGACAAGUGGACCACACAGUCAGCGGCAGAGAGUGCCAGCGCUGGGACCAGCAGUACCCUCACCAGCACAUCUACCAGCCUGAAAAGUAUCCUGAUAAGAGCUUAGAUGACAACUACUGCCGUAACCCUGAUGCCUCUCCUGUGCCGUGGUGCUACACCACCGACCCCGACGUGGAGCGAGAGAGCUGCGAGAUCAGCAAAUGCACCGAGGUGCGCGUGGAGAAACGUCAGCGCUCCAGCUUCACCACAAACUGUUUCCGCGGCCGAGGGGAGGACUACCGUGGAAAAGUCAACGAGACCACGUCAGGCAUCCCGUGCCAACGGUGGGACGCGCAGCAUCCUCACGAGCAUCCCUUCUACCCAAACACCUACGAAUGCAAGGGUUUGGAGGAGAACUACUGUCGCAACCCAGAUGGCUCGGAGGCUCCCUGGUGCUUCACGUCUGUACCCGAGAUGCGGACUGCGCUCUGCUUACAGAUCAAACGCUGUGCAGACGACAUCGAAGCAGAGGAUUGCUACCAUGAAAAUGGGAAAAACUACCGAGGCAUGGUGCGCAAAACCCGCAAAGGCAUCACCUGCCAAAAAUGGAACGUGAACAACCCUCACCGCACCAAAAUAAACCCAAGGACGCACCCCGACGCCAACCUGACAGAGAACUACUGUCGGAACCCGGACGGGGAUCAACACGGGCCCUGGUGCUACACCACCGACCCCAAAACCGAGUUUGACUACUGCGCCAUCAAGCAGUGCGCUGGAGAGAAAGUGUCGCUGAUCGAACCAGUGGAAAAGGUUGAGUUCAGUGAGUGUGGGAAAAGAGAGGACCGUUUCCAAAGGACAAGGUUACGCAUCGUCAACGGAAUACCCGGGAACUCGCCAUGGACGGUUAGCCUGAGAGACAGGAAAGGAAACCAUUUUUGUGGAGGGGCCCUGGUGAACGCCAGAUGGGUGAUCAGCACCAAGCAGUGUUUCUCCUCCUGCUACGUGGACCUGCCGGGCUACUCGGCCAUGAUGGGAACUCUCUUUCGUGAUCCUCAGGAAGGCGAGCCCGGCGUGCAGACCAUCCCGCUCACCAAGAUCGUGUGCGGGCCGUCCGAGUCUCAGCUGGUCAUGCUACAGCUGGAACACCCCGCUCAGUUUAAUGAACGCGUCUCUCAGAUUUGCCUCCCCCCUGAGCGCUACAUCGUGGCUGAGCAGACCAUUUGUGAGAUAGCGGGAUGGGGCGAGACCAAAGGCACCGGAGACGAGAGCGUCCUCAACGUGGCCCACAUACCAGUUCUCAGCAACAGGGACUGUAACAAAUACUUCAGAGGCCGCGUCCGGGAGAAUGAGAUGUGCACCAGCUCUUUCCAGGGCGGGGUCGGCGCCUGUGAGAGAGACUACGGCGGCCCGUUGGCGUGCCAGAACCUGGACUGCUGGGUUCUGGAGGGGGUGAUCAUCCCGAUGAGGCGCUGCGGACACCCGGGACAACCCAACAUCUUCAUCCGUGUGUCGGUCUACGUGGACUGGAUCAAGAAGGUCAUGGGUUUUGCUUAGGGCAGUGGGUGUCCAAUCUUUUUUUUUAAUUUUUUUCCAGGAAUGGCUCUUUGAGACAAGUUGAAGAUUGGAGAUGCUAUAAGCAAUCCAAUGGAGGUUCAUGUAGGCUGAACUAUCCGAGCAAAAUAUUCACAGCUUAGCUUUGUGUUAUAUAGAUGAUGAAAAAUAGUCUUAUAUACGUACAGUCGUCUGAUAUUAAUCAAUUCAUUGUGUUUUUAUCACCUCAUUAUGGUGCAGCAUGUAUCAUAAUAAUACCACACGUGCAUGCAUAAGAGAACUGUAACAUAUAAAGUAUUACUUUGUGCGCUAACCGUUCGUUCAAUGGAGCCCCAAAGCACCUUCUCUCACCUCCCCACCCCUCCCCUUGCCUCGCCAUUUCUAAAGAAAUCCCUCUUCAGUCUGUCUUUUGAUGGCGGCCCCCACCGCCAAAGAUACGCCUUUGUGCCUAAUGCCCAACUGUAUGCGCUGCACAUUCUUUCUAGUUCUAUAGGAGGAUUUUUCUAACGCGCUCCUGAUGAGCCCACGGAAUUCAGCCUAAGUAAACCUCAAGAUCACAGUCCAAAAGAAUCUCAGACACACCAGCCUGCAUCGGGCCGCUGGACCCCACUCAUUCCAUCCCCCCCACCCCCCCACUUCCUCUCUGACUUGUCAUUGGCUGCACUUUGUGCAUCAUUCUCUUCACUUUCACUCAUAUUUAUGCCGGCUGACUUAUUUCAUAUCAUUCAUAAAUGACUGUGGCUUCUUCUCAGCGACACCAGACUUCUGGGAAAAUAAAUAGACUUUUUUUUUUUAAUAAAGAAAUAUGAAAGUG